AUGUGGGGGGUAUGGGGAGGGGAGGGGUGGAUAGGGGGGGGGUUGAUUGGGGGGGGGGUUGUUGGGAUGAAGGGAGGUGUAUGGGGGGGGGUUGGUGGAUGUGUUGAUGUGGAUGGUGGAGGGGGGGGGAGUUUAAUGUGGGGGAGGAUGAUGAGUGGGGGUUGUGAUGAUGGGGGAUUUGAUGAUGAGGGGGUGGUGGAGGGGGAGGUUGGGGGGGGGGUGAGUAGAGGGAUAGGGGAGUGGAGGGGGAGGAUUGGGGGGUUAAUGUGUGGUGGAUAUGGAAGUUAG